AUGAAGACACCAAUCUUUUGGGGAUUGCUGUUGCUUGUAGCAGCUGUUGCUUGUGACGACGUAAAUGAGUCAACAGAAGCAGAAAAGUGCGUCCCUGAAAGAUGUCGUCUACCGGAUUGCAGAUGUUCAGGUACUGACAUCCCGGGCGGUAUAAGGCCGAGAUCCGUACCACAGUUUGUUACAUUAACGUUUGAUGAUGCUGUUACUCCACUCAAUAUGGUAACCUACCGCCGUCUCCUAUACAAUCGUAGGAAUAGCAACAACUGCCCUAUUGGAACUACUUUCUACAUGAGUCAUGAAUACACUGAUUAUCAAUCUAUAAAUGAACUCUACAACAGAGGAUUUGAAAUUGCACUUCACUCCAUUACUCACAAACAUGAUCAGGACUAUUGGCGUAAUGCCGAUUAUGAAACUCUUGUGAAGGAGUUUGUUGAUCAAAGGACUCAGGUUGCCCACUUUGCAAAUAUUCCCAGCAAUGCUGUUAAAGGUGUACGUAUGCCUUUCCUCCAAAUGGCCGGCGAUGCACAAUUCAUUAUGAUGGCUAAUCACAGUCUGCUGUACGACGCCAGUAUGGCUACCAUCAAUCUAAUCAAUCCAGGACUUUGGCCGUAUACUCUGCACUACCGUAGUACUCAGGAGUGUAAUGUUCCACCCUGCCCCACCUCUUCUAUUCACGGACCCUGGGUUCUCCCUAUCUUGGCAUGGAGGGAUCUUGAAGAUUUCCCUUGUCCAUUUGUUGAUGCAUGUUCUCGCGGACCUAACUUGCAAGACGAAGAAGGGUGGUACAACUUCUUCUUGAAAAACUUCGAAAACCACUACCUUGGAAACAGAGCUCCAUUCGGAUUUUACGUGCACGAGGCCUUUAUAAGAACCCACCCUGCAGUAGAAAGAGCUUUGGCAAGAUUUUUGAACCUCCUCAACAGCUUAAAUGAUGUAUUCAUGGUCAACUCCGAAGAGGUCAUUGAAUGGGUUAGGAACCCCAUUCCAUUGACUGAAUACAGACAGCAGAGAUGCAGGACCGUCCAACCUACUACUUGUAGGUUUAGUAACCCUUGUAGAAUACGCAGUGAUCACAAUGGCAAUACCUACUACAUGCCAGUUUGCACCGCGUGCCCGCGCAGAUACCCAUGGAUUGGCAACCCCCUAGGAACUUGGUAA